UAUAAAUUACGGGUUGUGGCGACUUGCUUCUGUAUCCUUUACCCACACUUUACUGAUCCAUGGGGGACUACAAGCACCUGGCAAUAGUCGAGUUCAAGGAUAAUGCAGCUGUGGAUGAGAUAUUGAAGGGAAUGGAGAAGCUUGUGUCCGAGAUCGAUUAUGUCAAAACCUUUGAAUGGGGACAGGACCCUGAAGGCCAAGAUAUUCUGAGACAGGGCUUCACCCAUGUCUUCUUAAUGACAUUUAGGGACAAAGAAGACUGCAGUGCCUUCCUUAGCCAUCCCAGUCAUGUCGGGUUUUCUGCUACUUUCUCUGCUGCUAUAAAAAAGAUAGUCGUGCUCGACUUCCCUUCUGCUCUUGUGAAGGCACAAGCAGAGUGACCUGAUUAUUGCGAAUAAUCCUUGUUGUGUCUGUGUGCCUGUGGAACAUUUCCUUUUAGUGUUGUUUCGAUUUUGGACCUUUGCUUCCAUUGAAUAAGGAUGUAGUUUUUUCAUGCUA